AUGGCAGCAUCGGGAAAAGACGUCUUUCUCAUUGGACCCGGAUUCAUCGGCCGCGAGGUCCUCGAUGUUCUCCUUGGCGAAGGAUACACAGUCACAACCCUUACUCGGCGGGAAUCCUACGCAGCCGAGCUUCAACGUUCUGGCGCCAAAACUGUCCUCGGCAAUCUCGACGACAAAGAUACGAUUGUCAACCAGACCGUCGCAAGCGAUAUCGUCUUCCAUACUGCCACGGCGGACCAUUUGCCAUCGGUAGAGGCUGUCAUCGCUGGGAUCGAACAACGAGCCAGCCAAGGCAAAUCCACGAUAUUUAUCCACACAAGCGGCACUUCCAUGCUCAGUGAUGACGCGAAGGGCAACUACAAAGGUGACAAGAUCUACCACGACGACAAGCCAGAGGAUAUCGACGCCCUGCCGGACUCUGCCUCGCAUCGCCUAAUCGACCUAGCGAUCGUCCGCGCACGCCAGAAACUCGGCACGAAAGCAAAGUUGGCCAUCAUGAUCCCACCGUUGAUAUAUGGCGCGAACCACCAGUAUAAACGGCUGUCGAUCCAGCUGCCGACCCUAGCACGCUUCGCGAUAAAGCAUGGGUAUGCCGGCCAUGUUGGAAAGGGUGAAUCAUUGUGGUCAGAGAUUCAUGUUAAAGAUCUAGCUCGCGGCUAUGUAACCCUCCUUCACUGGCUCGAGAGCACUGACGCCUCCAAAGUUCUCGAAAACCCUUACUUCUUCUGCGAAAACGGGUAUGAGUUCGCCUGGAAGGACGCAGUCGCUGUGAUCGGCAAAGUCCUCUACGACGCUGGGAAGAUAAAAUCCUACGAACCCAAGGAGAUUCCUGAAAGUGAUUUCGACGAUCUGUUUGGGAAAUAUACAGCUUGGGUGGUUGGGUCCAAUUCGCGGAGUAGAGCAAACAGACUGAGGCAGCUGGGAUGGGAGCCCAAAGAGAAACGGUUGAUGGAGUCACUUGUCGAGGACGAGAUUCCGUUGAUCAUGGAAGAGAAGGCAGAAUUCUCGGGCUACGCUGGUGUUGCUGCCAGCGGUAGUGGAUGA